CCUAUUCUCAUGACCAACACCGCCAAGACAUUUCCCCCCUCAACUCCUCGGGAAGUAAUCACACAUCUCCCCGAUCCUUACAUCCUCACAAUGUCGGAGGACAAUGCACGCAAGCGACCGCGUCAACCCGCGUCCGAUCCGCGAUAUCCCAGGAAGAGGAGUCUCAAGGCGUGUCAUGUAUGCAGAGCACGUAAGACAAAGUGCGAUAAUGUGCAGCCGACGUGUGGAUUCUGUGCGUCGUUGAAUAUUUCGUGUUCGUAUGAUAAUACCGAGAAGGAUCAUUCUACCUUUGAUCCUGCGAGUCUGGAGAUCCUGAGACAGUUGGGUCAGAUUAUUAGUUCGCAGGAUGAGUUGACGCAGACUGUGCGAUCGAUUGCUGCGUCGCAGUCGCACGCCGGUUUGGGUGCUGCUCAGAAUGUACAUGUCGCUGAGGGUUUGAACUGGGAUGCGAAUGUUCAGGCACAACAGCUACCCUACUAUGACUGGUCUGGAGGACAAUCCGACUCAAACUCAACAACACCAGCAGCAUCAGCCAGCGUCGCUGCAGUUCGAUGGUUCGGCAUCCUUGCCAACGAUGCAUCUAACGAAGCCUUCCCAGACGCUGAUGCACCUUUGGGUCUCGACGGUGAAUUGUUUGAUACAUCACCCGACGGUCAAGCAGAUAACGACAUCACGCCAUUGCAGAAAGCAACAAGGAUCAUCGAUGCUCAACCACCGACCCGGGAUGCAGUCAACGAUCAUGCAGCGAAUGUUUCCGAAGAAAGCUUAUGGAAGGCCUCGCGGAGUAUAUCACUCCUCGAUCGAGAACAGACCUUGUUUCAGAACUUCCUGCACCGCAUAUGUUCAUGGCUUGACUUGUUCGAUCCAGCUCGGACAUUUUCUACGCGAGUUCCUCAUCUAGCAGUCCGAAAUGCGGGUCUUCUCAACGCCAUUCUCGCAUUAUCAUGCUAUCACCAAUCUCUCGACGAAAGCAUCCCUUCCAAUCAACGUCCGUCUCAAAACACAGCUCUGCAGUAUUAUUACCAAACAUUACACUACGUUCAGAAAGCUAUGCGUUAUUCGACGUAUCAGAAUAGUCAGGAACUCAUGGCGACAACGCUUAUGGUCUCAACGUAUGAGAUGCUACGAGGGUCACGCAAAGAUUGGCAACAACAUCUCCAAGGUGUCUUCUGGAUCUUGAGAUCUCGCCAGAUUGAAGUUGAAACAUCGAGCCUUGAAAGUACGACGUGGUGGGCUUGGUUACGACAGGAUAUUUGGGUUGCUUUCCGUGAGAAGAGGAGAACAUAUAGUACUUGGAUGCCAAAGAAGGGAUACGCAGAUUUAGACAGUCAUGAAUUAGCUUCGCGUGCUGUAUGGAUAAUGGCGCAAGUUAUCAACUUUUGCGCUGUUGAUUCGUCUGCUGAGGUGGAAGGGUUGACGGGGAGGAUUGGUUGGGCGAAGGCUUUGAGGAAGAUGUUGGAUGAGUGGCGGUCUCGUCUCACAGUUGAGUUCUCAGCGUUGCCGACCAUGGGGAGUCGGGAGAGUGAAGUGUUUCAGCCACAUUUGAUACAUCCUCAAUGCUUUGGUAAGCAGUCACCAACUGUGAAAUUGGGCCUGAUGCUGAUUGAGACAGGACUCGCUGUGCAGCUUCACCAUUGCUCUAAGAUCCUCAUUACCGCACAUGAACCCCAUUUAGACGGCAUCCAAGGCCUACUCAAGCGCCAGAAGGAGAUUCAAGAGAGUAUAAAGAUGGUAUGCGGAAUUGGCAUGACGCUUACAGAGGAUGCAUCGAGCAUGCUGUCCUCACAAUGUCUCUUCAUUGCCGGGAUGUUCAUGCAGAAUCCCCGAGAGCGAGAAUGUGUAGUAGAAAUGCUGGAUACAUGUCAGGAGAGAUGUGGUUGGCCUACACCUUCAUUAAGAUCAGAACUGGGGCAGAUUUGGGAGAACCCAGAUGCACUUUGGGAUGGUCAGCAUCGGUGACGCUGCUUUGUCGAGAGACCUGACAGCGAGACUUUGUACGAUUGGGGCGGUGUUGAAUGUGAUUUGUGAUACCCUUAAUGCACAAUCAACUGUAUCUUGCAGUGGGAUUUUGUUGCCCAGAUACUGAAUUGAACGAAUAUACGAGGCAGGUUACAUCAUGCACGGUGA